CUUGUUGAAAGAGAGAGCACAUUGCGAAAAUGAUUACACUUCACCACUUGUUAGCAUCCAGAUCGUUUCGCAUCGUUUGGUUGCUUGAGGAAAUCGCGGUUCCUUUUGAGUUGAAGCAAUAUGCACGUGUUGAUGGAAGAGCUCCCCAGGAGUUUAAGAAGCUGUCGCCGUUAGGAAAGAGUCCAGUGUUGACGGAUGGCGACUUGACACUGUUUGAGAGCGGUGCUAUUGUCGAGUACCUUGUUCGCAAGUAUGCCAGACAGAUGAAGCCGAGUGAAGGAGAGGAGAAGGCACUCCUUCAAUACGAUUAUUGGAUGCACGACAGUGAAGGCAGUAUGAUGCCUUUCCUCUGGGCCGUUUUCUUUUUGGACACUGGUGCCCAGAAGACACCAUUCUUUAUGCGUUUUAUCAUCGACCUUUUCGUCAAAGGAAUUCGUUCGCAGUACCUGGACCCGGAAAUCCAAAGUAUGUUCAAGUACACUGAUGACCACUUGGCAAAGAACACCUACUUUGCUGGAGACAACCUCAGUGGCGCGGACAUCAUGAUGAGCUUCCCGCUCACAGUCGCGUACAAGAGAAAGGGCAGCGAGUUUGAGGGCAAGUACCUACACAUCGAACGCUGGCUGCGUUUAAUAGAGGGCAGACCAGCGUACCAGGCCGCACUCGCCAAGGUUGAGGACAAGGACCAGUUUGAGCUUAACCUUCCCAGCCACUAACGGUUUGACGUAAGUGUUGCUAGAAUGGCACAUGAUCUUGGCUAAGAAAUUAAUGAAGAUAUCAUGACGGUUUCACAUCUACCAGGUAAAUUUUAAAUUGCGUUUAAAGUAAGCAUGUAUGCACCAAAAAAUAAAAACCAAAAAAUUUAUUUAUGUUUAAAUGUACGAGCAACAACCCAACAACGUCCCACCUGAGACGUCGACCGGGACAGCUACUCAGUCAUCUCUGUGGACGGAACGGAUGCAUCUUCUAAGCCAUUCGGCUCCGAUCAUCAUACUUGACCACAGUUUGAUUUUAAUUACUUAUAUAACAAAGUAAGUUAAAACCGCUACUGAUGAUGGUUUUUAGGGUAGCUUCUUGUGUCAAUUUAUACUAAAUUGCGAGGGUAA